GGAUAUCGUUGAUCCCAUUCUAGCCCUUUUGAAAAGACUGAUUUCCCCCGUGUUUCUCUUCGUUAGUAAUUAAACUUAAUCCUUACUUUCGUUCUCUUUCUUUCAAAUGUCUGCAGCCGGGGGAGGAACCUUUCGGAAUCGGACUGUGGGCCGUGGUCAUAUUCCCUUCGAUGGCAGCCCGUCUGGUAUUCCUCGCAAGGUUGACCAAGGGCACCAAGGCAUGCCGCCGACGGCUACUCCAUCUGAUAUUGGAAGUGCCUCUGCUCUGAGCACCAGUAGGCAGAAACAGUCUAAACGUGACGAGGCUAUCAGGAAGAAAAUGGAGGCAGACCUUAACAAGAAACGACACGGGAAUCCUGCCCGCUCUCGCCAUAGCCGCAAGGCACCCCCCGGAACUGUUAUGGCUCUCAAACCCAGCCAGGCUCUCCAGAUCAAACCCAACACCACGGUUGCAGAAGCUGCCCAGCUGAUGGCUGCGAAGAGAGAGGAUUGCGUUCUUGUGACGGAUGACGACGACCGUAUUGCUGGUAUUUUUACCGCGAAGGAUUUGGCCUUUAGAGUUGUUGGGGCGGGUAUCAGGGCUCGGGAUGUUACAAUUGCAGAAAUCAUGACAAAAAAUCCUCUAUGCGCGAGAACUGACACCAGUGCUACUGAUGCCCUGGACCUCAUGGUCCGGAAGGGAUUUAGACAUCUACCCGUCAUGGAUGAGAAUCAGGAUAUAUCUGGAAUUCUUGACAUUACCAAAUGUUUCUACGAUGCGAUGGAGAAGUUAGAGAGGGCGUAUAGCUCGUCUCGUAAAUUGUAUGAUGCUCUCGAAGGUGUGCAGUCGGAAUUAGGGUCCAAUCAGCCACAACAAAUUAUCCAAUAUGUGGAAGCGUUGCGGCAGAAGAUGUCUGGCCCGACCUUGGAAUCUGUUUUAAAUGGGCUUCCACCGACCACUGUGUCUGUACGCACGUCUGUCAGGGAGGCUGCCACGUUGAUGAAGGAGAAUCACACCACCGCUUUGCUGGUCCAGGAUCAGGGCUCUAUUACUGGUAUUUUCACGAGCAAAGACGUUGUUCUCCGUGUUAUUGCUCCUGGAUUGGAUCCCAAUACCUGCAGCGUUGUCAGAGUUAUGACCCCUCACCCGGAUUUUGCUCCUACUGAUAUGAGUAUCCAAGCUGCCCUUCGGAAGAUGCACGAUGGACAUUAUCUUAACCUUCCAGUGAUGAACGAAGCUGGGGAGAUUGUGGGUAUGGUGGAUGUACUCAAAUUGACCUACGCCACUCUCGAACAGGUUAAUUCUAUGUCUACAAACGAAAAUGAAGGGCCUGCGUGGAAUAAGUUCUGGCUUUCGAUGGAUAAUGAGUCUGAUUCCAUGGUGUCUGGCAGCCACAGCCAUCAUCCCCAUACUCCACUUCGUUCCGUAAUGAGCCCCGACAUCUCAAGAUCUCAUGGUGACCGCGAAAACAGCGUUCUUCCCAACGAAUCGGCCUCACAUAAUGGUGACGAGGCUGCCUCCGAUGUUUUAGAUCCCCGACCAGUCCAUCAUGAGGACACUUCCUUCCCCUUCAAAUUCAAAGCUCCCAGUGGUCGGGUACAUAGACUGCACAUUACUCCUUCUGCGGGGGUGGAAGAUCUUGUUUCCCAAGUUUCUUUGAAGCUAGGAGCCGAGGUUGAAGCUGUGGGUGGAAACGCUAUCGUUGAAGACGGCAAAAUGAGCCACACAGGAUAUGCGUUGAGUUACUUGGACAGCGAGGGGGAUACAGUGUCCAUCACAACUGACCAGGAUCUCUGGGAUGCCAUCAGCCUAGCCCGGAGAGCCAAGCGAGAUAAAGUAGAUCUCUUCGUACACGAUCCCGAAAAGCAGCCCAUCAUAACUGCGCCUGAGCCACAAGUUCCAGUCACUAAGUCAGCCAACCUCCAGGAGUCUGUUCCGGGAUCUGCAACUGGUGAAGAUGAUGAGCAAAACCAUGUAGAACGUGAAAAGAACCAGACUCUCUUCCGGUCACCACCUGCGGAGCAGCAGCUGAUCAACGGUGUGCCCAAUGAGCUUAUCCUUCCCGGCGCCAUUGUGACGUUGGCCGUGGCUAUCGUUGGUGUUUUUAUACUCGGGCGGUCGGGCAAACGGUAGUUGGUGUUGCUGCAUACUUUCUGCCAACAAAUCAGUAAAGGAAUUGACUGUCAUAUUGGGCAUUUCCUACGCGUGUCCAAAGAUAUUGCAGGUGUCCUAAGCUCUUUCCCCACCCCAUCUCUCUCCUUUUUUUUUUUGUUUUUGGAUUUCGCUUACGAUAUUCGCCCGAUGUAUCAUUGCUGCCUCUCCUGUCCCUUUUCGACAAUAGUCUCCUGCUCCCACAUACAUAGCAUUGCAUGUACCCCUGCUUCGCCAUCUGAAUAUAUCACAACCUGACCUCGAACGAUUAGCGUGUCCUCCUCAGUGGGUCUAACUUUCUGCUUUUCUUUUCUUUUCACCUAAUUCCUCUAUAUAUAUUUAGUGUAUUUUCCGUUUUU